UUUUUUUGCAUUUUUUUUUGCAAAAAAAAAAUUGGAAAAUGGUGAUGAUCGCUCUGCCCUCACUUCUGGGGCAGAAAACAGACGCCGAAGCGGAUAAAACCGAGAUUCUGAUCCCCCAACAAAAUGAAGAGCAGACUGUCCCAACAGGGGUGCGUAAGCCUUCAGUGAAUGGCUUUUGCUGCCUGGCCUUUGGAUUGAUUGUUCUCCUCUCUGGACUGAUCCUGAGUUCCAUCUACGUCUACAAGUACCAUUUCGCUGUUCAGCUCCCUCAGGACAACUUGUUUCACUGCAGGGUACUGUAUGAUGAGGAUUCUGUCUAUGCACCUUUCAAGAGCCAGAUGCAACUUGACGAGGAUGUUGAAAUUUACUUGGAGGAUGAGGUUGAGAUGAUCAAUGUCCCAGUACCACAGUUUAGCGGUGGGGACCCUGCUGAUAUUAUUCACGACUUCCAGAGGAGGCUGACUGCUUACCAUGACCUGUCUCUGGAUAAAUGCUACGUUAUCGAACUCAACACCACCAUUGUCAUGCCACCUCGCAACCUCUGGGAACUGCUUGCGAAUGUUAAGGUAAACCAAGGAACCUAUUUGCCACAGACAUACAUCAUGCAGGAGGAAAUGGUCGUCACAGAACAAGUCCGCAACUUCUAUCAGAUGGGUGGCUUCAUCAACAGACUGUGCAAUGGGAAAGAGACCUACAGGCUGAAGCGCAGGAAUAUUAAGAGAACCAUUCAGAAGCGAAGCCUCAAGAGUUGCCGCCAUAUAAGACACUUGGAAAACACAUUUGUGACAGAAACGUUCAUCUGUGAACAAGAAUGAGGUGAUACAGUUCCUGCGAUGAGCGAGUCACAAUUGCUUGUGAUUAUUAUUACAACUCAAAGGCAACAUUGCACUAGUUUUUGGCAUUCUUGGUGUUUCCUGUGUUUAGUCUGUACAAGAGUUAUUUCAUUAUAGUGCUUCUACAUGGUUACUGUAACAUUUUAAUGUUGUGGCAGUUGCUUUUGCAGUACUGUGCUUAUGAGCAAAUAAAUGACAAUCUCCCCCUGCCCCCACUCUGCAUGAUAAUUGGUUGAACAUUUGAAUUGUGAGUAUAUUUUUCAGCAGCAAAGUUUCAGUUGAACGGACAGAGGAAAUUGCUAUUUUAACCAAAAUGAAAAAUUGGUAAAUCUAGGUUUGUAAACCUGGCAAAAAAAAACAGCGAAUGAGUAUGUUCAUAUAGAAUAAAGUGGAUCAACCAGAAA